GGAUCAAAAUGACGGUUGAAGGCAAAAACAAAACGUUGAAUAAAAAUGUGCAAUCGUGUCGUUCUCUUUUCCCGCUCGUAGUUUAUUAAUCUACGUGCCGAUUGAUAAAGGAAUCAUGGCAAAGCUUUGGAUUUUGAUAUUAGGCAUAUUACUAUUUCUGUUACAUUUUGAUAAUGCAGAUGCUUGGCCCAGGAGGAGGCGGCGAAGAAGAACACCGCCCCCUGUCGACACAGCAGCGCCAAGAUUCAUUAACUGCCCUGGUGAGAAAUUAAUCAAAUCUUCGACAACACCAACCAUCGAAGUGACGUGGACGGAACCCACCGCUUACGACGAUUUCCAAGCUGGAUAUGUGCCAGUUGAACGCUUUGGAAAAGGUCCUGGAUCUGAAUUUGGAGAAGGAGAUCAUUACACUACUUAUAACGCACGUGACAAUGCAGGAAACCAAGCCAACUGCCAGGUACAAAUCAAUGUAAACGUACUGAGGUGUCCUACGCUCUCCCAUCCGGCGAAUGGAUUCAUCAUUUGUUCUAACGGGGUUUCGGUUGGCUCUGAAUGCACCUACUACUGCAGUACUGGCUAUGCCCUGAACUUUGAAGCCACGAGGGAAUGCAAUGAAUAUGAAGAGUGGACCUUUGAAGAACCAGCGUGUAACCAAAUAUCCUGCCCGUCUGAUGUAAUUGUAGCUCCAACCAACGGCGAGGUAACCUGUUCAGAUGGUUCCAAGCAUCAGAGUAUCUGCACCUUCACCUGUCAAGAUGGUUUCGCUAUACCACCCAAUGAAAGCCGGGAGCGUAUCUGCACUGCCAAUGGGUGGACAGGGACUCAGCCGCCCUGCCAAGACUCGUCUGCUCCUGAUUUCGACACAUGUCCAUCGUCACAGAUCGUUUAUGCAGAUGAUCUGGAGACUACAGCGGUCGUUACUUGGGAUGUUCCAACUGCUUCUGACAAUUCCGGCGAAGAAGUGGUUGUCGUUCAAACACAGGGAUUGCCAUCUGGCUCAAGAUUUAAUCAGAACUACCACGUGAUCGAGUACACCGCUACUGACAGUUCGGAUAUGUUCUCGACUUGCACUUUCACCAUAACUGUUCAAGUAAUAAUGUGCAGAAGCGUCCCCAUUUACCCGGGUCUCCUCGUCAGCUGCCCCAAUGGAAACAUUCGAGGGUCUGAGUGUUCGUUCGCCUGCACCACUGGGUAUCGACUAGACGGGGCAGAUUCUAUAACUUGCCAGAAGGUCGACAACGCGGGAGAAUGGACGGAUAGUGCGCCAAUUUGUGUGGUUUUGGAAUGCCCGGAUGUGGAUGCGCCCGAAAAUGGCGAUUAUGCAGGGGGAGAGCCUUGCCAGCGAAGUUAUGGAUCAUCGUGCUACUUCAUAUGCAAUGCAGGUUACUACAUUGAUAACAAUGUCUUGAGGUGCAACGCUCAACCCGGAAGUAAAGAUGCAUGGUGGGAGGGUACACAACCUACAUGUACAGUUGAAACGUGUGAUGUUCCUUCUUUGGACGACGGGAUGCAAUAUGACAUGAAUACAACUUGCGCAGAUCAGGGCGAGGUUGAGGCAGGGGAGGAGUGUGGAUUUGAAUGUGACGUUGGCUACAAUCUGUAUGGAACAGAUGUAUUAACCUGUGGAUUGAGCGGAGAGUGGCAACAACAAUCUCCAGUAUGCGAAGUUGUGACAUGCAUUAGUAGCGAUAUACCCAGUCCUUCACACGGCAUAAAGAGUGGAUGUCCAAAUGAGAACGAGAAUUAUGGAGCUGUCUGCCGGUUUUCAUGUGACGUUGGCUAUCUCCCGUCUGAGUCCAUUUAUCGAACUUGCCUCGAUGAUGGAGAUGGUAAUGGUGUGUGGAGUGGUGGUCCUGUCUCCUGUACAGUUGUUCAGUGUGAUCCCCUCGAUGUACCGGCGAAUGGGUACGUUGAAUCCUGUCGGCUAGACGGAGACGAGACCAGCGCGUCCAACAAGCAGGAUUAUGGAACCAUGUGCAACGUUUUGUGUAACUUGGGUUACACAGCUCAGGGUGCUAUAUCUAGACGUUGUCAAGCUGAUGGGGAAUGGGACGGAAUUGCCCAAAGCUGCAUAGAUGUAACGCCACCAUAUCUAGAGUGUCCGGCUGACCGGGUGAUAUUUGCACAGGAGGGUCAAGCAAAAGCUGAGCUUCACUGGGAAGACUGGGAACCUGUAAAGGCGACUGAUGGCAGUCUUCAAAUUACAGCAACAUUAGCCUCAAUAGACUUUGUGCCAGUCUCCAGCUAUAACAGACCAGCUUUCUUUGAUGAAGGGUCGCACACCAUUUCCUAUCGUGCGACGGAUGCGGCUGGUUUCACGUCUACGUGUUCAUUUGAGAUAGAUGUCAAAGUAACACGCUGCCCGCCUCUCUACGCGCCUUCAGACGGUGACGUCACACUGAACUUGGGUCAAGGGUCAUGUGAAGGAGGCGCAGUCUACGGGUCUAGCUGUCUGAUCAUGUGUGACAUGGGUUAUAUCAUAGCAGACGGCAAUGUCACAACUGAGCGAUAUUGCAUACGAUCAUCCGAUACCAGUACGGUAGGCUACUGGAACGGGACACGGGCAGAAUGUGAUGCUGUAACCUGUCCCGUGCCUGAUAUACUCAAUGGUCACGUGUCAGGCUGUCCGCCAAUCGUUGCACAGUAUCAAGACCAAUGUGAAUUUACAUGCGACGACGUCAUGAGGUCAUGCCUGGCCAAUACAAGCUGGAGUGACCCGGAACCACUUUGUGAUAUAAUCGUUACUUGCCCAGCAAACCUCAAUCUCAAGUACGGAAGUGUGACCCCUGACAUAUGUACUCUUGCCGAUCCUGUCACCUUUGACACGGAAUGUAACUUUCAGUGUGAUACUGGAUUCCGUAUGUAUGGCCCCUACUCCAAAGUGUGCACGGCAGAUGGAACUUGGAAUGAUCAAAGAAAUGUUGUCUGCGAAGACGUACAGGCUCCGAUGUUUGACAAUACAUGUCCGAUGUACGUUUACGAAAACGCCGAGAAGAAAAUGACCAGUGCAAUAGUGGUCUAUGAUGAAAUUACAGCUACUGACAAUUCAGGAAACGCCACGGUGAUCAAAGUCGUUGAUCAUGUAGGACGGGGAUUUCGUUUUAACGAAGGUUCCACUACAAUUCCAUACAUUGCAACAGACCGGUCUGGUAACUCUGCCAACUGUGAAGUUAUAGUCUCAAUUAAUGUUUUCAGAUGUCCAAGACUUCAAGCACCAUCAAGCGGUUCAAUAGCAAACUGUAGCGACCCAGUGUAUGGCGCGCAGUGUACCUUUAGUUGUAACGAGGGAUAUGAACUGUCUGGGUCAUCAUCAAGAGAGUGUGUUCUACCAAAUGGGCAAGCACCGGCUUCGUGGGACGGUGCUCAACCAACCUGCCAAGUCAAAACCUGCGAGGCUUUGUCCACCUCACCCCUCGCCAUUAAGUCCGGCUGCACCGCAUUGCCGCCCGACACAGAACCCUACGGUACUCUCUGCUCCUUUUAUUGCCCACAUGGAUAUAGCGGUGUCGGAGAGAGCCAGAAGAGAUGUCAGGCAGAUGGAACAUGGAGCAGCAUCAACUUUACAUGUGAAGGUGAGGGAACGAUAUUGCCUACCUGCCAGCUUUCUAACGCCAUACUUUUGCAUCCUCGUAAAAUUAUUUUAGUAACCCAGGUCAAAAAACCAGUUAAGGACCAGUUCAUCCAACUGGUACUGGUACCAGUUGAUUCCAGUUAG